CAAGAAUUCACUCACCACCACACAGUUAAAAUACGUAAAGCUUCCCAAAAAACACUCCAUCUUCUUCAUCCUCGAUGGCUUCAUCUCUCCGUUCAUUUGCAGCUGCCCUUCUCUUUGUGAUGCUGUUCAUGGCCACUGAGCUGGGAACAAACACAAUAAUGGUGGCGGAGGCGAGGAUGUGCGAGUCGCCGAGCUCGAAGUUCAAGGGGCCAUGUGCUCGGGACAGCAACUGCGCAACGGUUUGCCACACGGAGGGGUUCUCCGGCGGCGACUGCAAAGGGUUGCGCCGCCGCUGCUUCUGCACUAAGCCUUGCUAAUUCAUCAUCUAUCCAUAUAGGCAGCAGCUGCGGCAGUACUGUGUGUAUGUGUGGUGUGUAUUGCUAAAUAAAUGUUACAAAUCCAACCAUGUGGAUCACUCUUCUCUCCAUCUGCUUCCUAAUAAACCUUCGAAAACCCAAACAUGGAGUCUGCUGCUUUGCCAGCUCUUAUGGUGUUUGGUCUCUUGCUUGCUAGCUGCUAUUACAUGUAUUCAGUUGUUUCAUGUUUCGUACCUUUUCUGUUUUCUUGUCUGAAGUUAUCAACUAAUUUCUCUGUUUUUUUUUUUUU